AUCAGUACAGAUGAACUAAAAAUGGCUUUACGGGCCCGAAAAGUUUCCGGGCCUUUCGAGAAACGGGCCCCUGAUGACAUUAUGGUUAAAAGCCAGUAACCACAAAAAGGAAAGUCCUUAAAAGAUAUCCACGUUAGAAUGAAAAUAUAAUAGGACCGGUUUCAAAAUUUCCACUCCGGGGGGAGAUUGUGUAGUCUGUCACGCCUUGCCAUUACUUACUUCUAGAAGUUGUCUGCCAUCUUAGAUCUGUAUAGUUGGAUUUCAAAAAAGUUUCAAUAAUUGACAAAAAGGCUCCAAGUAUAAACAACUCCCCCCUCCCUCUCCCCAAAAAAGGAAAGAAAAUGAUUCAGGAAAUUAGAAUAAAGAGAGAGUACAACAACUGAAAAGAUUUGGUAUUAAGAAAUUUAUUAGUCCAAAUCUCUCUUAAAUAUAAAAUGCACAAAUUUGGAUAAAUCAGUUAAGUUAAAGUCACAAAGUCUAACCGUUAAAAUUUUAACGAUGUUUGAAUUAGAAGCGUUUAAAAUCAACCAGGGAAGUGUGCAUUAAAUUUGAAAGAUGUGAGAGCUUUUGUUAUGCAAUAUUUUGCAUUGUUUGAAUUUUUUUUUUUGUACUUACGUAUGUUGAGCCACUAGUCUUCAAGCAGACUUUCAGUAACUUACCCGAGCAAUCUUAGAAAGCUUUCGUAGCACGAGUUGCAGUUUGGAACAGAUCUUAGUCAAGUCUACGUGGAGUAAUACGUGGAUGUUAUUGUCCCAGUCAUAAGGAAACCUAGCUAUAUUGUCGUUAGCGUGCACGCAAACUUCUCCAAUAUAAUUUGCUUUACGGUUCUAUUUUUGUAUAACUUUGCUCUCGUUUUGUUCCCAGAAGGUACUACUGGUAUAGAUUUACGUGGUUUGGAAUAUACCAUGGCUUCUGCCUCUGUAAAUGCCCACGCUUCUACCAAAGAAACUACAAAUUAUGCCCGACUAUGUCGGCUUAUGGUGGACGUGGGAAGCCAGGCUCUUCGAGACAGGUUUGAUAAAAUAAACCCUCCAGCAAGUCUUCACGAUAAGUUAUCAAGGCAUCCGGUACGAGCCUCCCUUGAAAUGCUUUACAAAGGGAAGCAUAAAAUUCUUAAUCCAAUACAAUGGGUAAAGUUGUACCCUUCCUGUCCUUCGUCUGUGUCGUCGCAAAACUUUGACGUUACCCUGUUGAUGGUGCUGUUGAGGAACUUUUCAGGCUUGAAACCACCCGCCACUGGCUGGAAUAGUCCUCCUCCUGCAACGGACACGAGCACUGAAGCUGACAUCAUCCGAGUGAAGGUUUUCAGAGACGAAAUAUACAAUCAUGCCAGCAAAGCCUAUGUUGACGACCACACGUUUCAUGAAUACUGGCAGGAUAUUCAACAAACACUGAUGCGACUUGGAGGAGAGCGUUACGGACCUCACAUAGACAAACUGAAGGUUGAUCGUAUGGACCCUGAUAUCGGGCUACAUUAUCAAGAACUUCUGAAGCACUGGAUAGAGGACGAAGGCAAAGUCGAUCAAACUGAAGGUAACGUGGGCUGUUUGUAUGCAGAUUCAGUGGAUAUUUCUCUCCUCGAGCCCGCUGUGGACUUCAAAUCGACGACAAAACAUGGCACAGCAAGAGCAGCACUGAGGACAGUCAUUAAAUAUUUACAAUCUUGGAGGAAACGCAAAGCUCCUGUCUGUUCAAGAGCUGCUGCACGUGGAACGAAAGAAAUUCCGUUGAAUAAAGAGAUCAAUUCACACGGGGUUUCGACCAAAAACGGCGUAAAUCGAAUAACGUCAGAAAUGUUUUACACCGAGGAGACACGAAAGGGGAACGAAAUUGUCGUGGCACUGCUUGACGAGGCUAUUAACCUCCAGCAAAGCGAUCACAUAGCAGGUGCUCGAGAGAAACUUCAGCGUGUCUUUCAAACCGUUAAGAACCUUGGUCAGCGUUUUUUCGGUAAUCCAACUAAAGAUGGUCUGAGAGUAUUAAGUCGUGGGAAAGAGCUUUUUCUUGAGGACAGCGUGAGUUGUUCUGUGAAGCACGGAACUUUAUUGUUGGACUCAAGUAAUUCCGGAACACAGUUUUACAGUAGUUUGCUUAACGUCAUUGGUGCCUUUGCUGUGGUAAUCUCCGAGUUCAAAAUGGCUAAAGAAACAUUUUCAUUGCUUAUCGAUUUCCAUCGACAGUCAGCUGUAACUUGCCGUAAGCGCGACUUGGGGGCAGCUUACAACAACACAGGCUGCAUAUCACUGAUACUAGGGGAUUUCAAACAGGCAGAGUACGAUUUUAAAACGUCGUUGAAGCAUUUGGAUUCGGCCAAAGAACGCCAUCAGCUGCACAGUCCGUUACUGAAGACAAUGUCCAUUGCAAUAAAUAGCAACAUUGGUCGGUUACAUCUGAUUUAUAGGAAUUAUUCCAAGGCCAUUGAGAAGCAAGUGCAGUUGGUCGAAAGCUGUAAAACUAACGAAGUAAAUGAGUUACCUCUUCAAAUUGUAUUUACAAUGCUGAAUAACCUGGCAGUGUCGUAUACCACCCUCGGAAAAUUCAGCAAAGCAGAGCAUGAGUUGAAAUGGAUGGUAUCGUACUGCUACGGCAGAGAAGACUGCGAUUUUCUUCUGAAUUUCGUAGCACUGCAUCUUUCUGAAGUCCUCUUGUUUCAUGGAAAACCAAAGGAAGCAGAAAAGGCGUUUAUCCUUGAUGUAGAUGACAUAGACCUUGUAGAGUUGUUUGGAGGACUGCACAUCAAUGUACGUAUUGAAACAGUUGAGAAAUUGGUGGACGUGAUUGUUCUAAAGGGCAAAAUCAGAUUUGCCUGCGAACUUCUGGAAACAGGUGUAAACAUUCUCAAGAGCACAUUUGGACCUGAUCAUGUUAAUGUCGCCUCACUGCUGCACAAGCAAGGAACGAUUCUAACUCUCGCUGGUAAGGUCUCGAGCGCGGUGGAGAAAUUCAAAUGCUCUAUUGGAAUCUUGGAAGAGAUAUUCGGAAUAAAGCAUCCGCUUCUUCUCAAGUGCUACAUGUCUCUUGGUGAACUGGCUUUACGAUCGAAACGAGCAGAUGAAUCGUAUUUCUACUUUCAGCGAGCCAUGGAAAACAUAGAGGCUAUAUACCAAGUGUCAUUUGUCAAUCAGUUGUCCAGGAAGUAUUUGGAAAUGACGAGUUCCAACACCUUUCAUCAGAGCAAGAUGCUAGAGGAUACCUGUAAGAUUGAAGGUCUAGCUGCUGAGCAUGGUGUGGUAUUGGCAGUGUUGCUAUCACGACCGGUUGUCCAGGACGACAUCCCUCCUCUAAGAAGAACUAAAACCAAACUAAAGCAGCCCCGUUCUGCAAACAACGUGCAAUGCCAAGAAUCCAAAGAGAUAGUUUCAUUCAAAUACACAAAUGAUUUCUUGCAGAGUGGUCAGAUAUUCCUUCGUCAAGGAAUGAAAAAAGAAGCUGCUGUCUUUUUUCAGCAAGCAAGGAAGUAUUCCAUGGCGUUAGACGCCACCCGAGGUCCUACUUAUGCAUGUGUUACACGCCUGUACGACGUUCUCACCGAGAAACGACUCGGAAACCGAGAAACAUUGGAAAAUAAACGUGAGAUGUUUGAUUGUUUGAAGGAGCUUAAUGAAGUCAGCGCAAAGAUCAGCAGUGAGAGUAGCUCCAAAAGAUCAACUGUAGAGGCAACAACAACAACAACAACAACAACAACAACAACAACAACAACGGCAACAGCAACAGCAUCAACAAUGGCGACCUGUGAUGACCAGCUUAACUUAAAGCUCGUGCUAAUUUUCCUCAUUCUCCUGUCUACUGAGCUGAAAAUGAUCGAUACGACCUUUGCAGCAUAUGACCUGUAUUCUAGAAUUUCUCAGAACGAAGAUGGCUUUGUACAUGUUCUCAGUGGUGAUGUUCAAGUUUAUGCAUCAAAAACGUCAAUCACCUGCAACGGGAAAACUGCCCUGCAAGACGUCCUGGUCUAUUCCACGGUUGGUUUGAAUGGAAUUUACCCGCAACGGCCCCACCCUGACGAGGAGUUAUACAGAAGUUUAGCCUUCAAGAAGAAUGUGCCAACUGACAGUUUUCUGGUGGCUUACACUUCAUCUGUCUUUCUGGAUAUCGAGGAACUGCUGGCACUAGACAGAAAGAUUUCACUUUCAGUCCAGGAAUGCUUUCAACAGAAGUGUUUUGAAACUGGAGGUGGAGACAGUGCAACCCAAGUUGUUGUAGAUCUGACCAUGACGAAGUCUUCUUGCGGCCAACAUAACGUCCUGUUAACUGGUAGUCGUAUGGAGCUUUUGUCUCUCUGUUUGUUGCAAGGGGCCGCCUGUGAAAUACCUCAAGGCGUAAAUAUUUCUGAGAUAUCCACAGCCAUGUGCCAGAAGACCUUACGCUGGACAUUUGAAGAUGAACACACGAGCCAUUUCAUCUUUAGCAAGAAUGCUCUUUACCUUCUUCAGCAGUGCAAUUCUGGUAAACUUUCAACCCUGUCGGUACAGCAUCACUGCCUUUCCUUGACGAUCACCCAUCCAGUUAAAGCGCGCCUGACGUUCUGGCGCAGGGAGAGAUCCAUCAGCCAGAAGGUACAGUUUGUUAAAACAGCCACAAGGCAUGGCAUGGCCGAUUGGACAGUGCCUCGGCAAAGGUGCUCUGGAGAGCUGGUAGAAGAUUUUGGUGUAGCGGAAAGGCUCUUUUGGCCAGCCAUUGAUCAUUUGGUAAAAGCGUAUCAAGUGCCAUGCAAAAUGACUGAUGUUAAAGACAGUGAUGAGUCCUUGGAUAUCUCAGACGUGCACCGUGAGCAAAGCGGUUUUCUCUUGGAUAGACGCAGGCCAAAGGAGAGACCAGUUGUCAGUUUAAGGAUGGUAAGAGCUUACGCAAAAGGUGUUUUUCAAACGUAAAUUUCCUUAAUGUAGCGCAGAUUUUGUCUAGAGAUUCUUUAACCUAUGGUCUUAUAGUAUGGGGAUCUUGCUGCAACUCCGACUUAUUUCAGUCCCUGGAAAGACUUCACGGCAGGGCUGCGAGGCUUAUUUUUAACUUGCCGAAAGACAUGGCUUCUGUUGAUGUCCUACAACG